CCACCCAAAACGUUCUCUCCCAGUACAAAAGAAGUGCCAGUAAAUUUCAAAUUAAGUGUAGUGGUGCAGACUGCUACAAAUCUUGGUGAUGGCUUCGACCUGUCGUAUGACACCAGAAAGUCUAUGAAGUUCAAGGAAUUUAGAGACAACGCCAAGAAGUUAGAAGCGGUUCUGGAUUUAAAAACCAUCAAUCAAUUUGAAGAUGCCUUUUGGCAAUCUUGGGAAUCACAAGAUUUGAAAAUAGAAAAAUUAUAUGCGACCGACAACAAAGGCAGCUGGUUUUCAGAUGACUGCAAUAUGUGGAAUCUUGGAAAAUUUUCCUCCAAUGAAUCUUUGAUUCACGGAGAGAAGGAAAUGGAUGGCAUUAACACACCAUAUUUUUAUAUGGGUGGUCCAUUAACUGCAUUUGGGUUGCAUUUGGAAGACGGAGACCUAAACUCUGUUAAUUAUAAUCACACGGGCGCACCAAAAAUAUGGUAUAUCAUUCCGGAGGAAUAUAAUGAUGCACUGGAGAAAUUGGUGCAACAAUUUUGCGGGGACAAGUACACAGAUUGUUCAAAAUAUAUUCGCCAUAAAUGCGUUUUAAUACCGCCAUCCAUAUUAGAAGAAAAUGCCAUUGGUUUCACCCGCAUUAUUCAAUACCCCGGGCAGUAUGUCAUAACAUUAUCCGGCGGAUACCAUCAAGGUUUCAACGCAGGCUUCAACUUAGCCGAAGCGGUCAAUUUUGGAUCAAACAGAUGGAUUCAAUUUUUGCCAAAAUUCGAAAAUUGCAGUUGCGAUAGUCAAGAAAACCAAGACAACAUAUACACUGUUGCUCGUCUACGAGAGAUUGUGGCAGCUUUGGAUAGUCAUCAGAUUGUAAAGUCAGAAAUACAACAAGCGUCAGAACUAGAAACAGAGAGCAUGUAUUUAAACGCAAAUUUCGAAUGUGAGUACUGUGAUCGGUCUUAUGCAUCCCAAAAAUCUUUGGCAAAACAUAUCCGAUUGCUUCAUUCAAACACCCGAAUGAUUUACAAGUGCUCAACAUGUGGCACAAAAUGUAGUGAAGUCACCACAAUUUUGGCUCACUACAAAUCUAAACACAAAAAAAUAAUAGACAAAAAAGAUGCGGCAAAACUAGGGUCUUCGGUAACGAACUCUUUUGUUCCUCGGACUGUUCCCAAAGUUCCUACACAAACGGUGUACUGCACCUGUGGUUCAGUAUUUACUUCUGGGAUUUCCAGUUUCUACAAACACGUAAGAAUAUAUCAUCAAAGUACCACAUACAGAGACUAUCGAUUGGAAAAGGACGAACCGAUGUCAAUGAACGAUUGUGCUCUUCCAAUGCACAUGGAGAAUAGUGAGACUUCUUCGAAGUCGAAUCAAAAUGUCAUGGAACCAGAUGAAGGUCGACCGUUUAGUGUGUUUGAAAUUCACUCAAAUGAUGUAAAGGAGGAAUGCAUUGCAAAGACUCGAUCAAAAAGAAGCGCAGACCCAACUAUGGUAGGUCCUACAAAACGCAGUCGAUAUGAACCAACGAACACACUUCGGGAAAGUGAAGGGACUGAUACUCAAACCAUAAGGACAUCUUUUCCUUCGGAGUCAUGUACCAUGUAUCAAUACAAAAUCGACCGGCCAGAGGACAUUCUAAAUAUUCCAGUUGUUGAAAGUAUUCAUGAGGAAAUCGCCGGACAAUCAACGAUUGAUUUUGCAAUGGAACACAUUGGAGAUUUGUCAAAUAUUGCGCAAGUUCAAGAUAAUGUAUCAGUUAUGCUAAAUGAUGAAUCCAAUUCGAUGGAUAGAUCGAUGUUUGGAAGUGAAUUGGAAAUAGCUCCAAUCCAACUUUUGAUUUCAUCGGCUGAAAGGGAAGCAUCGGACACUUUAAUCUCUCAAGAACGGGUCAUGAAUGAAAUGAUUUACAGUGAUUUUGGAGUGAUGAAUUAUGACAUGUUCGAUUCGGCUGUGCACAAUCGUGGAUAUGAUAUGCACGGUGAAAGUGAUGAAGAGAACCUUGGGUCUGUUUACUUGGAAGCAGUUCAAAUGACAGCUUUUGAUGAACAAGAUAUACAAUCGAUAUUUGACGAUUCUUCAAAUAGUCCAGCUUCAUCAAGUGCUCUCAUUAAACUAUAUGAUCCAUUGCCAGAAAGUGAAGUAAAAAGUUUCAUCCCAGAAGAGCAAGGUAGAAGAGUCACAAAUAUUGAAAAUGGGAACAAUUUAAGUGAUAUUCAAGUCAGAUCGAUCGCAACUGGAGUUGAAAAUAAAAUCCGAAAAUUGUCGAAGUUCAAAAUACCAAAGAAAAGCUCAACUUUGGUGAACGAGAAAUUAUCUCAUGAGAAUUUAGCGGAAUGUGCCACUUCAUCAUAUCGUGGCAAUGAUACUCCCUUCGAUAUUAAAAAAAUGAAUCGUAUCCCGAAAAAAGUGACGGCUCCAAAAGAUUUUGGUACACUCAAAAUGACCAAAAUGGAGUUUUAUGAUAUACCCGAUUUAAUUGAACAUUUGGAAUUCAGUAAAACUGGAAAAGCGGACUUCGAUGAAUACAAAACUGAUUUGGAGAAAAAUAUGAGAACAGACGUUGAUUCAUAUGUUAAUGCCUUCACCACUAUGCUUUUGAUGGAGGAAGUCACUUCUUCAAAGGAUGCACGAAAAUUUGACAUGAAGAAAGUCAAGCUGCUCCGGGAUACUUCCUCUGAUUCUCCGAACUCCUACAAAAUAAAAUAUGAGUCUACCAUGCCGAACUACAAAAGAGCCGUCGAGAUGAAGAUUGUCGAUAGCUUUAUUUUGAAAUCACCAGAUAUGCCAGGUUUUUUGUCUGGAAAAGUAGUUGGAUGUGACAAUAGACACAUCAAUGUCCAACUAAGCCACUCAAUGGGAAAUGAUGAUGCCUCCAAUGAAUGCAAUUUAAAAUUUUACGGCAACCGUCUACCUUUCCAAAUUCAACAUGAAGCUUUGAAAUAUAUAGAAAAGCAUAAAUUGUUUCCUCAACUCAUCGCUGAGUCCAGGUAUGCCAAUGAUGAAAGUGAAUUGUCGGCAUCCCUUCAUUUUGAUCUAAAAUUCAGAUCGCCUGUCGCCAAUAAUUUGAAUAAUGAACAAAAAAUGGCCAUCAGGGCUAUCGUUGACAAGACCAAUUUUCCACGCCCAUUCUUAUUGUACGGUCCACCAGGAACUGGUAAAACCACAACGAUGGUUGCUUCCAUCGCAGAAAUCGUAUUGUUUUCGGAUAAAUGUGUAUUGGUUUGCUCGCAAUCAAACUCGGCCUGUGAUGAUAUUGCUAAGAAACUCAUGGUUCAUCUCGAUAACAAACAAAUUUUAAGAAUGUAUGCAUCUUCUUAUAACAUCGAGAAAAUGGAUCCCAAAAUUGCAAGCAUAUCGAACAACAUCAAUUCAAGAUUGGAAUAUCCAUGUUUGGAGAAGUUGUAUAGUUAUAGAGUGGUUAUAUGUACGCUUUCAACGGCAGGUUGUAUAACAAGAUCGCGUGGGCUGGACAUGCACUUCAAUUCAAAACAUUUUUCGCACAUCUACAUCGACGAGGCCGGGUUUGUUAACGAAAUGACAUCGAUGAUACCGAUAGCUGGAUUAUGUACGGAUGAAAAUGGUAUUAUAAACAGCAGUAUUGUCCUUGUUGGAGAUUGGAAUCAAUUGGAUGCUGUAGUAUUGUCACAGAAUGCCACGGCAUUGGGCAUGAAAACGUCGUUUAUGGAAUAUUUAUCCAAACAGCCACUUUAUGGACGAAAUUCCGAAUCAAUGUUCAACCCUCUUUACAUUGUCCAGUUAACAAGAAAUCAUCGUAAUCAUCCGGAAAUUUUGUCUAUAUCUGAUCAUUUGUUCUAUAAUAGAACAUUAAAAGCUGAAGCACCGAAAGGUAAAACUGAUUGGUUCAUUGGGACAGAUUUCUUGGUUAAUAAAAACUUCCCAAUUGUAUUUCGGAGCGUCAAUGGUACGUGCGUAAAAUCUGGUUCAAGUUAUAUCAAUCAAGAUGAAGUGGAUGCCGUGAUUUUCUGUUUGGAUGAACUCUUCAAACGGAAAUGGAAAGACCAAUCAGUUACUUUGGAAGACAUCGCUAUUAUAACGCCAUACAGCGCCCAAAAUAAACUAAUUGAAUCGCAAACAUCGCAUUUUGGAAAACUCAGCAUCAAAUGUCCAGAAAGCUAUCAAGGACAAGAGAGCAAUAUCGUCAUCGUAUCGACAGUUCGGACUGAUUCUUUGGGCUUUCUACGGGACAAAAAGAAAUUUAAUGUAAUUAUGACUCGUCCAAUUGCUCUUUUAAUCAUUAUUGGCAAUCAUAUGGCAUUAAGUAAAGAAGAUCAUUGGAGAGCGGUCAUCAACCUUUGCUUAGAAAAAAAAUCCAUAACUCGUAAUGGACACAUCCUACAUCCACGAAUUUCACUUUGAGUACAAAGCUUAUGAUGAAAUAAACAUAGUUGUAUGCCUGGAUCCCAACUCACAAAUGUGACAAAAAAUAUGUUCACGGAAGAAUUUAAACUCAUUUUGUAGCUCAUAAUUAUUUGAAAGAUCAAAAGAAGAAAAAUUUCAGAAAUAAAUAAAAAAUAUUUAGUUAAUUUCAUUGGA